GCGACAGCCUAUUCAUCAGCUGACAGCCGUCGUAUUUACUUGUCGUUGCUGUUUACAAGUGAUACUCGAUUUAAAAUACUAGUUUAUAAUAAUAUAAGUAUUAAACAAUUGCAUUGUACAAAAAUAUUUCGUAAUGGAACCCCAAGACAUUUAUUAUAACAAAGCCGAAUACGUUGAAACGGCUUCAGGAAACAAGGUAAGCAGGCUAACUGUUCUGUGCGGCUCACAGAAUAUCGUAUUGCACGGGAAAGUGAUAGUACAGUCGGAUGCUAUCAUUAGAGGUGACUUGGCCAAUGUCAGGACUGGUCGUUAUUGUAUCAUUAGCAAGAAUGCUGUUAUCCGACCACCUUUCAAGAAGUUCAGUAGAGGGGUUGCAUUUUUUCCCCUAACAAUGGGAAAUCACGUGUUUGUGGGAGAGCGAGCAAUCGUGAAUGCAGCAUUGGUUGGUUCUUAUGUUUAUAUAGGAAAGAACGCCAUAAUUGGCAGACGAUCAGUUCUGAAAGACUGCUGCUAUAUCGAAGACGGCGCGGUCGUGCCACCGGAAACUAUUGUACCCUCCUUCACUCGCUUCGCCGGUAGUCCGGCGACAUGCGUUGAGGAAUUGCCCGAGUGCACGCUGGAUCUCAUGAUAGAUUUCACAAAGAAUUACUAUGAGCAUUUUUUACCCGCACGUGUUUAAUGACGCAUACAGUAGUUGACAAUCGAACAUUAUGUCUUAGCUGUGCACUUUAUAUGCACUGUGCAUUCAAAUUAAAGUGGAUAUAUUCAAGCAGGGAAAAGAUAAAAAAAAGAGAGAAGAGAUAAAUUGUAAAAAAAUGCAGUGAAAAGUACAGAUUUGAUAUCAAUAUUAUAGUAUCAUUUUGUAAAAUUAUAUUGUCUAUACUUUGUUAUUCUUUACUUUGAAUAAAAUAUAUUUAAUUUACAAUACAUGUAUUUUCCAAAUAAUUUAAAAUAAAUCGUGUUUAUAUUUUUAUCUGUAUGUUUCUUUAUACGUAAUGUACGUAAUCACUGUAUGAAAUAAUUGUACGCUCACUCUCAGCUGUGAGCUACUGUAACUAUUAAUAUUUAUUUACUGUAUUUUAUACGCAUUUAUUCUUAGGUCAAGUAUAUUAAGAUAAAUUAAUAAAAUUUACAUUUUAUAUGCUUCUAGUAUAUUUAAUAAAUAAGUUGUAAAUUGUAUAUUGCAUUGUACAUAAAGAAAAGAAGAUAAUAAAAUCAUUCUCUUGAGAAGAAA